AUGCGGGCCGAGCCCGUGGGGCGAGCGGCCCCUCCGCCGCUCCCGCCUGCCACAAGCGCGCACACAAAGCGGCUGGGCGAAGAAGCUCCUUCCUCGGGGGCUGCCGGCGCCUCGCUGCCCACCCCGAGCCAGGAGCGCCGCGGCACCGAAGAGGAGCAGCCGCAGCAGCCGCCGCCGCCGAAGAUGCAUAGGAUACUGGCAAUAGUUGUUUGGUGUUUCCUGCCAGUGGAAGGCAGGCGUCCGGAAAUCCUCGCCGGGAGCAGCAGCCGCAGCAGCGGUGGCAAUUUCUUGGACAAUGACAAAUGGCUGAGCACCGUUUCCCAAUACGACAAAGACAAAUACUGGAACAAGUUCAGAGACGAUGACUAUUUCAGAAACUGGAAUCCAAACAAGCCUUUUGAUCAAGCUCUUGAUCCAUCAAAAGACCCAUGCUUGAAGGUAAAGUGCAGCCCACAUAAAGUGUGUGUCACUCACGACUAUGAGACAGCCAUUUGUGUAAGCCGCAAACAGCUAGUACACAGCCUUCGACAAAAGAAAGGAAACCUUCCUCAGAGGCAUUGGACUGGACCAGCUAAUUUAGUAAAAUGCAAGCCAUGUCCCCUUACACAUGCCAGCUCUGUGUGUGGCUCUGAUGGACAUAGUUACACAACCAAGUGCAAGCUGGAGUUUCAUGCCUGUACGUCUGGCAAAAACAUUGCAGUUCUCUGUGAAGGGCCUUGCCCAUGCCUUCCAGGACAAGAAAGUCCCAAACACAAAGCAGAGAAAACUGUUUGCACAGACAAGGAGCUGAGGAACCUCGCUUCACGUUUAAAAGACUGGUUUGGUGCUCUUCAUGAAGAUGCAAAUCGUGUCAUCAAGCCAACGAUCUCUGAUUCGACACAAGGCAGAUUUGACACUAGCAUAUUGCCAAUCUGUAAGGAUUCGUUGGGCUGGAUGUUCAAUAAGCUGGAUAUGAACUAUGACCUUCUCCUUGAUCAUUCUGAGAUCAAUGCCAUUUAUCUGGAUAAGUAUGAACCGUGCAUUAAACCCCUCUUCAACUCUUGUGACUCCUUCAAAGAUGGGAAGCUUUCAAACAAUGAGUGGUGCUACUGCUUUCAGAAACCUGGAGGUCUCCCUUGCCAAAAUGAGAUGAACAGAAUUCAAAAGCUGGGCAAGGGGAAGGGCCUUAUGGGUGCCUUCAUUCCACGGUGCAAUGAGGAAGGCUAUUACAAAGCAACUCAGUGUCAUGGCAGUACUGGGCAAUGCUGGUGUGUCGAUAAGUAUGGAAAUGAGAUAGCUGGCUCAAGGAAGCAAGGCACCGUUAGCUGUGAAGAAGAGCAAGAAACCUCGGGGGAUUUCGGUAGUGGUGGAUCAGUGAUAUUAUUGGAUGAUUUGGAAGAAGACCAUGAAGCAGCAAAAAAGAACAAGGAAGGAAAACAGAAGAUCCAUGUAAGAGCAGCCAACGAUGAUGACGAAGAUGAAGAUGAUGAUAAGGAUGAUGAAAUUGGCUAUAUAUGGUAGUUCCCAUAGCUCUGAGGACUCAUGUUUUGCACAAUAUCACAGGUCAUUUCAUAUCUCUACAAUGGUAACUGAAGCAUCAGACAUCACUUUCAGAGCUCAGUCUAAAGCUGUCUGGGCAUUCCAGAAUGCACCCAGACCUCUCUCACAGCUGGGCUUCCCCAUUCACUUUACUGCUGGGGAUAACUCCACAAGCACAAUGGAGAUGAGCAUGCAGAGCUGAUCCUGACAUUGAAGUGAACUGGGAAGACCUUGCAUUUGUGGGAGCUCCUUGCACACGUGCAAAGACCUUGCACACAUGCGCACUGGGGCUCUUGUACACAGGAAACUGCUGGAUGGUAACAAUAGACUGU